CGUAGUAGUAUAAUAUUAUAGCAAUAGAACGACCGUACGGGACGGCUGGUACGUCCACGCACGUCAGUCGCUAUUCACCACUAGUCAGGGCUGYACGGUGUCGCGCGCGCGUAUUUUUCGCGAUCCGUCGACCAUAAUAUAAUAUUAUUGUUAUUUAUCACCGGCGCUCGCACGAAUUGCAUCGUUAUUGUUUCAUCCCCGCUGCCCAGCGCGUUAGUUCCGUUUUCGAAUUUUUUUUUUCGUGCGCGAUUAUCCGUCAUCGUGUUUUUGCUUUGGCUAUUUUCGGUCGUCCGAUUUUUGUACUGCGCCAGUCGCGUUCUGAUCCCGUUUMAGCGUGUCACAAUUAUAUUAUAUUAUUAUUUAUUAUUCCGUGUCUUGAUCCGAAUUCACGUCGAUCUCCGUCAAUCAGCGAAUCCAGUGAAAUAAAAUACAGUUCCACAAUGGAUUUGGAAUUCGACUCUCAUACGGUGUUCAUUGAAGAUGUCACAUUACCUUCAUUGUUGACCAGUUUUAGUACAUCAACUACAAGUUCAGUAGAGUUUACAUCAUCAGAAUCAGAGUCAGAAACUACUCGAAUACCCAUUACCAAACAAAAAGCAAAUAAAUAUAUUAAUUACAAAGGUCCAGUAAAAUCAUAUUCAUUAGCUGAUUUAACAAAAAUAAAAUCAUUCAAACCACUUAUACGAGAAGAUUCAGCCAUAUAUUCUACAGAAACAUUAACUAGUGCCAUGACUACCAGAACAGAAUCAGGUAUUCAUAAUUCUAAUAGUUGUCUGAAUUCAUUUGGUAAAACUAACAAGAAGUAUGCGCAUGUUGAAAGUAAAGUUAAACAAUACAUUAAGGAUAUUAAAGAUAAUGAAGCUAAAAGUAAAGCUACAAGAUAUAGUUUACAACCUUCAUCAAGAAAACAGCAAGUAAAUAAAUAUGUUGAUGAAAUGAUUAAAACUGAAAGUGAAGAAAUUUUAAAUUUAAAAAGUAAUUUGAAAAAACUUGAAAUUCAAUUAUUGGAGAAAAAUAGACUUAUAGAACAACUUCAAUACAAUUAUAAAGUUAUGGAAAAUAAGUAUAAUUCUGCAACAAAUAUUAUAUUAAAAUUGGCAAAACCUAGUAGAGAUGUGUUAAAAUUUACUGAAAGUGAAUUGAUAGAGCCAUUAUCUCCCGGUUAUAGUAUACCACCCCCUAAAGAAGUUUGGGGUCGUGGCUAUAAAUUAAAAACAUCCAAUACGUUAUCAACAUUACAAAAAGAAAACUUAAAUCUAGAAAAAGAAAAUGGUCUCAAGGUUCGAAAAGUGAAAUCAGGAGGUGACUUAAUAAAUUAUUCCAAUAUUGAUGCCUACAAGACACUGAGAGAUUCAAGAUCUGCUAUACAAAAGGUGAAGUUGUGGCAAGAAUCAUUAGCAAGUACUGAUGUUUCUGAAAUGGACACAGAUCAAGRUGUUGAAUUUCCAUCACCACAUUCAUAUUCUGUAUCAUCUAAUGAUUUAUCAAUGAGUUCAUUAGAAAUUGCUCCAGUGAUGAGUAAUAAAUAUCCUAAYAAACUCGAAUGUCGCAGUGAUUCAUCUGGUUGUGGUAUGUCUUCAACCAGAGUAUCUAAAGAAAAUACAUUGGUUAGUGGUAUUAAUAUAUCAGUUGAUAACAAUGAAUUGUGCUCUACCAGUGAAACGGUAAAACUACACACCUCUACACCCAUAAAAAAUGUUGGGCAUCAUUUAAAUUCAACUAAAUCCAAAAACACAACUGUAUCAAACAAACAUAACAAUGAGUCACAAAAACGUUGUUCAUCAAAAAAACAUAGGAAAUCGAAACCUAAAAUUGAAGAAAACCAAUGUCCAAAUGAAGUAGAUGAAUUCAUGUGCCAAUUUAAACAUUGCAUUGGUGUCAUUAAUGGAGUAGUCACAAAAAUGGAAGAAAGCUUUAUGUCUCAAAGAUAAUUUUUUUAUUCAAAAUGUAUUGUGCCUUUUUUGCAUACUUAUGUUAUAUGAUAAUAAAUUGAGUUUAAAGGUUUAUUAAAGGUUAUCAUGUAUACCUAUAUAUAUAUAUACCUAUUUUUUAUA